AUGCACCUUCAUAUCGCUGUGGCGGAGUGGAAAAGACCCUUCCACAAUGCACAUAGUGGGCGAGCGCGCGCGGGCGCCCUCCCCGCCCUUGAGAACCUCCGGCUGACGGCUCCCUUCUCUGUUGCAGGCCAAACUGCUGGAAAGCUCGCAUGCUUGGCUUGGCGCUUCUACCUCGUCUAUCGCGGGGCGACCUGCUGGCCGCGAUCGCUCUGGUGCAUCGCGGCACCCAUCAAGCCGGCGGCGGAGCGCUGCAACAUCCCCGUGAUGACGCUGUGGCGGCGCACGCGCGCGCUCGGCGUCGUCUCCAGCCGCGCGGCGGGGCGGCGGCGGCGGCGCGGGCGCGGCGGCCGCGCCGCCGUGGCUGCCGCCGCCGCCCCAGCGGGGAGCGGCGCCGGGACGGACGCGCACGCGCGACCACUGCUUGCGGCAGGCCCGACGCCACCGCCGCCGCCGCAGCCGCCCGCCGAGGAGCGGGCGCGUGGGGGCGGCGGCGACGAUGGCGCGGAUUGCCCCGCACACCUCCUGAAACUGAAAGCGCCCACCUGGACGCAGGCUCAGCUGAGGGAGGCCAUUCAGGCCGUAGUCUCGCAGAAGAUGCGAUUCACCCAGGCCGCCACGCGCUAUGGCAUUCCCAAGGGCACACUGUACGAUAAUAUCCUGGGCAAAUCAAAGCGCAUGGUGGUGCUGGAGGAAGCGGGUCUCACGGCGGCCGAGGAAAGCGCCGUGCUCGAGUUCUGUUGCGAGGUCUCCCUCCAGCCCUACAACCGUAGGACGAAAAAGUCGCUCCGGGCCAUUCUGAAUUUUGUCGAGAAACUCAAGCGCAUCCGAGAGCCGGACUUCUCCUUUUCGGGACUGUCGGGCUUCAGGUGGUGGUGGGCCUUCUGCAAGAAGCACAGCAUCGUGUCGUUGUACUUCGACCCCGCCUACGACGAGGAGGCAUAGGCUGAGCCCCCCCACCCCACCCCACCCAGGUGCUUCCGACGCGUGGCGAGGCUUGGCGACGAAGAGGCCAAUUGGCUUGCGAUAUCGCGCUUUCGGCUGCUUUCUUACGACAGUUCACGCCUGUUUUCAGUUCUUGAUGGCAAUGACUCGCACCAUAGACCUAGGAGUUCUUACAUUAAAUAGAAAGCUACAUCCUGAGCUUAUUUACAGGUUUCAGUAAUUGCUAGUUGUUAGCUUAUAAGGUGUGCACUUUUACUGCGUAUAUUGUCAUCAAAAUAAACAGACAGAAUAUUUACUUCGUAGAUGCGGUGGGGUUUUGGUCUCGCCUUUUGCCAGACUACUAUGGUAUCUCACAUUAAUAUUAUACAAAACGAUUCCGUGUGAAGAACAGAACUCUUCUGUUGCAAGACCUGCCAUGCAUCGGCGGCACCUCACCUCCCUCAGUGCACUUUAAUGCCCUCCACAGGGAAGGCAGAGACAACUGGGCGUUGAUUUUGGGUCAUGCGGGAGUUGUGUUUGACCUGUUGCCUUCUCACAUGAUCUCAUUUUCUUUUAGAAACAAAAAUUGGAGGCGACGUGGUGAAACAUCCUUUAAUACCUCGCAUUGAAAAUGAUACUGGAAUAGAGUUCUAUUUGGGAAUAAGAAUGUUAUGAGUGUUAAAAAAUAUUUCAGAGUCGACGUUACUUAAGUCGUGAACUAUCAUUGUUCGUACAUUGCCUGUUGUCUGUGUCUCUCCUUCCCAACUUACCUUUUUUGCAAACGCUUAUGUAUCUCAUAGGAAAAUAUUCCUUAAACACCUAUGCAUGUUUUGCCAGCAUUUACUUAAUUUGAUGUUUUUUGUAGUUUUAUUGAUAAUUUUUAUUUGAGUUUUAUUUUAUAUAUUUGCCUUUACCCCAAUAUAACCACUCCCGCUUGUGGUUUAUAUUUGUGUUGAACGCUAACUAUAACUAGUGUGUACCAGAACUGACGCAAGUAUCGAGCUUGCCGGCAACUUGCCCUUUACGGACCAUGUCAAUACUCACGCAGCUUGUACUGCUGUAAACACAGAAGAUAUUGUUGAGACAUUAAGUUACUAGUUAAGAGAUAUUUGGAAAUGUUUAUUUUUCCUGCAGCACUACUAGAUAAAAGAAUAUUGUGAUGUAAAUAUAAUAGUAUUGUGGCCCAGGACCGCGCCGAAAGCGUAGAGUGUACGACGUCAAAUCGCCUUCUCGUUUUGACUCUUCGGGGGGCCUCCCCCAAAUGGUCGUGUUGUGCUUGUUUGUGAGGUGACCAGUCUUCCAUGGUCGUGGACGUCUGCGCAUUUUCGGUCAGCGGCUGCGGGUCCGAACGCUCGUGUUCCCGCUGCACCCGCGGCGGUCGCUGUGCCACAGAACUGAGUUGCCAUAUGUUUAAAAACACUGUUUUAUUACAUACAAGCUUCCUGGUAGAAUUUAAAGAGUUUUAUUCGAUGAUAGGUAGUAGUGUGUAAGCGAUAUGUUUGCCUUAUUUAGUAUGUAACUUCCCGACGGGACCUAGGUCGACUCUCCUUUUCCUGACCCCUUCGCCGGUUCUUCUCAUUCGUCUCUUGAUAACGAGGUGCUAAUAAAUGUAGGGAUUGAAUGAAUACCAGUUACCUAAACGUCACACGAGUUGCAGCUAAUUCAAGUCGUAAUAAGAUGUUAAAAUGUUCCUGAACCACAUUUCAAAAUUCAAACCUAUUGACAAGAACUGUUAUGGAAGACAAAAUCGCUACUUGGUGCAAUAUUCUUGUUUAAAAAAAUCGAAGUUUAAUCAUAUGUUUUUGAAAAUUGUUAUGUUCGUAAAUAUUGUAAGGAUGUAGUACACUAACUGAACUUCUAUAGAUUUAUUAUUUAUUGCAAUUUUUAAAAAAAUCUUUGGGAUUGUGUGCUCCAUCGUAUCGCGUAGUUUAUCUCCUGCCUUUUCCAUAACAACAUAUUAUUGUAGCUAAUUCUUAUUAUCCGGAUAUAUUAUUUGUCAUUUCAAUUUAAGUUUAUUUUGCCAAAUUUCUACUCGACUUCAUCCGCUUUCCAUCGCAAAUGACAAACCGUUUUAGGAGGCUCUGUCAUGAAUGAGAUGACCUAUGCCACUCAGAGAUGUAUCGCGUCUGUUUCGGCCGCUGUAGUGUGUGUUCGGGGGCCUCGGGAAGCCCGGAGCGUCGGCCUGGGGGCGUCGUCGGGUGCAAAGUGCCAUGAGCGAGCGCUCGCGUCCAAUCGUCCGUGUCCCUUCCCCUUCCUCUCCCCAUACACUCAGAUUCCCCGGUCGCCGGCUAAUACGAAGGCUCUUGCCCGCCAGAAGGUCGUAAUUACACAUCUUGUAGCAGACAAGAAGCGUAAGGGUCGUUCGCAAAUUGUUGUCGUAAACGAUACUUCAGGGUCUAUUAGCAAGUCUGAUUUGCCUUUUUUGUGAAAGAAUUGACAAGGGACUUUCCGCAGUUUUCACCUGCCCUUCAUUUAUCGUUACAUUUACUGACGUGAUAGAUCUGGAUAUCUCUAAAUCUCAUAUAGAAUUUACCACACUUAGUUUAAUUACUUUUUUUUUUUUGUAUUGUGGUAUUGUGGAACAAGUGAUACUGCUAUUGUGGAGGCAAACAGUCUUCGUAUUGGUGGCCAUGAUCGUCCUUGCCACUCUCUCGCCCGUUCCUACCUUUCACCAGUCCCCACCUCUCCGCUCUCGCGGAGUGUCUGCGCAACUAACCCUCUCUAGCCCACUGAGCGUUGUGUGUUGUCCAUGACAUGUUCGACAGCCAGUGCUUGACGUGUAUGUGGAUGCGGAACGGUUGUAAGGUGAUUUUGUGUGUGCAGGAUGUAGGUUCCUUCUACAAAGCUUUUAUAUAGUAUUUUAUGACAAUUUUUAUACAAUGUUUUUUGUUUGUUUUUUUGUUUCAAGCGCAAGUAGUGCUUGAUGAAAUUCCACUUUAGUUACUUAUUAGUUUAUAGUUAACGCGACAUUUAUUGAGUGUAGAGUAAUUGCGGCAGAUUUUUCUGCCUGAUCGUGCUUUGAGUGCCAUAUAUGACCGGCAUAGUUGGUUACCAUCUUGUGCACUGCCACAGGAAAUGACUGCCGGUGAUGAUGAAACGUAAGUCUGAAGUAACAUUAUCAAAGAAUAUUUCUUUGAAAUUCGCUAGGUUUUGUGUUGAUGCGCGCGUGUUGGUUCAUGCGUACUGUAUUCUAAAGAAAUGUUGCGUAGUCGUAUGUAUUGAUUUCUGAUGUGCCAAAAUGCAAGUAUUUGUUAUUGAUGCGUACUUUAUUUACGCGUCUAGAAGCCUUAAAUUCUUUUGUACUGUUUUGCGUUAUUAGUUAGUAAAAUUCUGAGUUAAUUUAUAUAAUUGUUCAAUUAAUUAGUGUGAAGGUGUGACGAUGAACAAUGCACUCAACGCUUCUUAGUGGUACUGAUACCUAUGUAAUGUCUGUUUUUAGGCAACUUUGAUUUUCUUAAGAUGUUUGCGAUUUCGUUCCGAAAGACCUAUUUCACACCAAGCACUGGCAGAAGCUAGAUUCAGCUAUAGUUCUUCCACAAGUAGCUAGAUCAGAUUGUAUUAGAUUAUUUGUAUCCUGUUUAGUCCAUUCCAAAGUUACUGUUUCUUGUCUGAUUUUUAUAUGCCUUUUGUGAGAUGAGUUACGUUUAGAAAAAUAAAAACUGUUGAGAGAAUAA